UACUUGCCUUGGAACCAAAGCUGACGUGCGGCCUCGGAGUUAGUUACAGACAGUGGGGACGUGGAACAUCUCUCCCAGGCAGCGCUGGCCCUUUGCUGCCCCUCCCCUUUACCCACACCCCUCUUGUGCAGUCUCACUGGCAUUUGUUUCUGCACUAGAAAAGGUGCAGAGCACCAGGAGAGAAAAAAAAAACCUAGCAAGCCCUGGCAUGCACUUGGAUUUACUUAAGCUGCACUGAACUUGGCUUCCUUAGACUGAAAGGACAGCUGGGCACAUGUACUUUCCUCCUACGGUGGGAAAUUGAUUGAAGGGCUUAUUAGCACUGUUAAUCAUUGAAUCUAUCAAGCAUUUGGUGCUGUCACAAAGACAGCAUUCUGCUUUGCUGCCUGCUUAGAAGUGGCACUCCGAUUCUGUUUGGACAAUGCUCACUGACAAGUGUUUGGGAUUUGUUUACUCCGGAUUGUAUCUGUGGGCAUCUUUGUUUCUGUCCUUCUUUAAAGUUUCCCAGCAGGGUGAAAACCAAAGGCGUCUGUACAGAGAACUGUUGAGGAACUACAAUCGCCUUGAACGCCCCGUAGUGAAUGAUUCCCAACCUCUUAUUGUUGAGCUACAACUUUCUUUGCUGCAGAUAAUCGAUGUGGAUGAGAAGAAUCAGGUGCUGAUAACGAAUGCUUGGCUACAGAUGUACUGGAUUGACGUUUACUUGUCUUGGGAUCAGUACGCAUACCCAGGAGUCCAGAACUUACGAUUUCCCUCUGACCAGAUAUGGGUACCAGACAUUCUUCUGUAUAACAGUGCGGAUGAAAGAUUCGAUGCCACGUUUCACACGAACGUGUUGGUGAAUUAUUCUGGAUCUUGUCAGUACAUUCCUCCAGGCAUUCUGAAGAGCACGUGUUACAUUGACGUCCGCUGGUUCCCUUUUGAUGUGCAAAAAUGCAAUUUGAAAUUUGGUUCAUGGACCCACAAUGGCUGGCUGCUUGAUCUGCAGAUGCUUGAAGCAGAUAUUUCCAAUUACAUAUCGAAUGGAGAAUGGGAUUUAGUGGGUGUCCCAGGGAAGAGGAACGAGCUGUACUACGAGUGCUGUAAAGAACCGUAUCCAGAUGUGACAUACACUGUAACCAUGCGCCGGCGCACCCUCUACUAUGGCUUGAACUUACUGAUUCCCUGUGUCCUUAUAUCUGGCUUGGCAUUGCUUGUUUUCCUAUUGCCUGCUGACUCGGGAGAGAAGAUCUCUUUAGGCAUCACUGUCCUGCUGUCCCUGACAGUGUUCAUGCUGCUUGUGGCGGAGAUCAUGCCUGCCACCUCGGAUUCUGUCCCUCUAAUAGCUCAAUAUUUCGCUAGCAUCAUGGUCAUUGUUGGUCUCUCGGUGGUGGUAACGGUCCUGGUUCUUCAGUUUCAUCAUCACGAUCCACAAGCGGGAAAAAUGCCCCACUGGGUCCGUGUUUUCCUGCUGAAUUGGUGUGCUUGGUUUUUAAGGAUGAAAAAGCCUGGAGAGAACAUAAGGCCCCUCUCUUGCAAAUACAACUAUCCCAAGCACCGUUCAAGCAUCAGUAGCGUUGAAAUGAAUGUGUUACCUGGAUACCAAUCUAGCAACGGGAAUGUGAUCUAUAGCUACCAUGCCAUGGAAAACCCAUGCUGCCCACAAAACAGUGACUCAGGUAGUAAGUGUGGAAAGGUCACUUGUGCCUCUACGGAAGAUAUUGAGCUAGUUCAAAAGAAAGCUUUAAUGGAUACUAUCCCAGUGAUUGUCAAAAUCCUGGAAGAAGUUCAGUUCAUUGCAAUGCGCUUCAGAAAACAAGAUGAGGGUGAAGAAGUUUGUAGUGAGUGGAAGUUUGCAGCAGCUGUCAUAGACCGAUUAUGCCUGGUUGCAUUUUCACUCUUUGCAAUCAUCUGUACGUUUACAAUACUGAUGUCUGCUCCAAAUUUUAUAGAAGCUGUUUCAAAGGAUUUUGCAUAAGGCUCUCAAAGAGGAGCACUCAGUACGAAAAAUGUCAUUUCAAAAGAAAAAAUGUCGCCAUUAACUUUGCUAAAUAACGUAAUUUAAAUCUUACAUAGAAGAUGAAGGAGCUGAAAUUAGUUUUGAGAGCUGAUUAUCUCCAGUGUUAGUGAUUGUAAUGACUGAAUAAUAUAAAUACUGGACCCUGUUAUUUAUUUCUUAGAUUGUGUCUGCCUGUAAUGAUGUUAUGAUCUGUGACAAGUGGUAGGCAAGAAUUCAAAUCUUUGUUACAAGUAAGCACUAGUGUAUGUGUACUACUAAGAAACCAUCAGUGAACAGUUAGCUAUUGUUUAAUAAGUAAAAGCUAGAUUGAUAAGUCAUUCUGACUAACAUGUUCUUUAGUAUAUUGUCAUUUUCAAUAUCUUUAUCUUUCAGUAUCUUCGAUUAGUAUGGCUGUGACAUCCAUUUCUCAUGUUUGACAACGUAUCACUCUGCACUGUUUAUACUGCAUUUAGCUAAACAAACUACUGGUGUUCGCUUGUACUAUUGCUGUGAUUAUCUGAAACAUUUUUCCAAUCAAGAUGUUAACAGAAUGUAUUUUUGCUAAAACUUUACAGAAAUAUUUUUUUUAAAUGGAGGAAAUGUUGGUUGUUGAAAGGGAACAGAAAACUCAGUCAGCAUGCAGAGAACUGUACAGAUUCUCAGUGACACUGUUGUGUUGCUACUGUCGUCCAUGUGCUUAAUUUGAAUACAUCUUGAAUCACAACUGCCAAUCUAAUACCUGCUAAUCCUAAAUUUUUUGGGAGGAUUCCUGGCCCCAUCAAAGUCAAUGGGAGUUUUGCCAGCGACUUCAAUGGGGCCAGGAUUUCGACGUUAGAUGUCUCGGUCUAGUCUUCUUUGUUGGGCUCUGUUGGUGUGGUCCACUUUCAAACUUGGCCAAUGUGGUCUUGUUAAAGAAAUUAUGUUGAUUAAAGACAACUUAUUUUUGUUUAGCUAAAGUUUACCAUGGAAGACUUGUCUUCACUUGUAACCAUGUUGCUGCUGCUAACUACUGUAAUGCUUAAAUAUCAAUAAACAAUAACUCUUAUGUCACUCA